GACGAAAGACGCUGCUUUACAUUGCGGGUGAAUAUUAACAUUACAAGUUAGUUUAAGUUUGCGAAAGAUUGUUUGGUAUUUGGUUAAUUUGUGCAAGGAAUAUAGGAUUUAGAUGAGAAAACACCUGAAUUCCAUACUUUAAAAGAAUAAUGGAACUCGUUAUGAUUGUGUUCAGUUUGGUCACCGUCUUAAUCAGGGAGGGAACUCACGCCGUUCAAGACAACGUUUACUGCUACCACUGGACGCAGGAAGACCUCGCUGCUAUGGGACCCGGUCGUUCAGUGGAGACGGAAAGGGAGCAGUGUGAAAGUUAUCCAGGAAGGGUGUUUACACAAGGAAACAACGCAGACUACCCCAACUGUGGAACCUGUUGGUGCUGUCAACGCAAAGUGUACGACAACUUUUCCUGCUACACCUGGACGCAGGGAGAUCUUGCUGCUAUGGGACCCAUGCGUUCAGUGGAGACUGAAAGGGAGCAGUGUGAAAGUCACACAGGAAGAGUGUUUACACAAGGAAACAACAAAGCCUAUCCCAACUGUGGAACUUGUUGGUGCUGUCAACCUAAAGUUCAUGACAACUUUUCCUGCUAUACCUGGACGCAAGCAGACCUUGCUGCUAUGGGACCCGUGCGUUCAGUGGAGACUGAAAGGGAGAAGUGUGAAAGUCACACAGGAAGAGUGUUUACACAAGGAAACAACAAAGCCUAUCCCAACUGUGGAACUUGUUGGUGCUGUCAACCUAAAGUAUACGAGUGCCAUUACUGGACGGACGACGACGUAGAUGCCAUGGGCUCAAGCCGCACGCCAGAAGUCCAGAGGGCAUGGUGUGAGGAUGACUUAGGGUAUCUUUUCACGCAAGGAAACAAUGAGCAUUUUCCCGGGACUGGGGACUGUUGGUGCAUCAAAACUAAAAUCCCUGACGCAUCUGACUAUUGAAAAUAACUGACAUAAGGAAGUGACUUUAUCAUAAUAAUAUUAUUACAGAAAAUUAAGAAAAUAUCAGGGCAUAUUCUACGAAAUUAACUAUUAUGAAAUGAAAUAUGAAAUGACAGUUUCAACCUUGAAUGCACAGAAACGAAAUGGAAGACGCUACGAUGCUAAAGCUAUAAUGAUAAGCACACAUGCACUAGACAAUGCAAGGAAAAUGCAAAGUGCUAGGCAAGCCUAGCUAAGGAAAGUUAAGGGUAAAUGCUUAAUGAAUUGAUGAAUUUAUCUCUAAUGACCUAAAACUUGCUAAUGAUUAUUGAAUAUCAUAUUUACUUACAUAAUACAUGUAAUCUCAUCCAAACAUUCAGUUCUUUACUAAUAGCGAGCGCGUAGCUCGCCUUACUGCAAUGUGUAGGCGAAUAUAACAAAGGUGUGCCGAAUGAGGCAAAGUGAUGUGGCUCAAAAAUUUUCGUCGACGUCUGGGCGCCGCCAUUUUGUUCUACUUCCGUCAAAGUCGGGAAUUUUUUAUUUCUUUUUUUAAUUUCAUAUUUGAGUUACAAUCUCUAUAUCCAUUUAGGUGUCUUUAUUUUUAAAAAGUUAUGUUAUGGAAAUAAUUUGAACUUUGCUUUUAUUUUACGAAAAGCGCGUCCCUAGUGGACAGGUGCUCACAGGAAAUGCUUUGUUGGCAGUGAAUACAGAACUUCAUUUGAUUGCUGAAUAUUAUCCAUCACUCAAUAAUAAUGCAAGAAAGAUUUCCAGUUCGUAGAAAAAAGUAUUAUUUUCUUUUAAAAGAUCAAGCAUUGGUCAGAAAAAAGGAUAAAAUGUCAUUAAUAAGCAUAAAGCAUAAAGCGGCAAACAGGUAAUAACGUCACCGUGACACCGGCUGUCCAUAAAUAUUGCAACGUAUGAUAUUCGCUGUUACAGGUAUGAUAACACUAAUUUUUUGUUUCUUUUCAAGUGAAUAGGUUCUCGCGAAUUAUUUUAAGCAGUGAAUAGUUUCUUUUGUCACGCUCGCUCAGAGGCUUUGCCUUUUUCAUAUUAGGGGAUGAAAAUCCCCGAGACGGUAACGUCCGUAUAUAGUUAUUCGUCUUUGUUGUCUGCAUAUACUGAGGCAAUUUUUUCAAUGUUUUCCGGUUCCGGCUUAUGUACACAACGCAGACUGGUUGUCUGCAAGAACAUCCGAGCACCCAGAAUCAGUCACUGAAAUUCGUAAACCGCGCCAACAUGAUUCUUUUACUUCUUUUUUCGUAAUGAAAACAGUACAUGCAACUGAAAAACACUUUUAAAACAGUACGGAAGUGUAAAGGCCGUCAAGUUUCUGCGUGGAGUGCAAAGAAACAAAAAAAUCCUAAAAGCCAGCGCGAGAACACGGUGAAUGACGCCACCGUCACGGCUUCCCGUAAAUUUUGCAAAGUAUGAUAUUCGCUGAAAGAGGUAUGAUGACACUAAAUGUAAACUUCAAUUUUGAGUGUUGAAGGAAUAAGGUCAGUAAUUCGGUCGAAAAUGUGCUUCCGUGGUGUAGUCGAAAGAAGUCCAUAAUAAAUAGAUCCUAAUGUUCCCAUUUUAUGCGCAAAUUCGUGUAGAACGAGUGCUUUAAUCACCGUUUUUCACUACUAGAAUACAUUCUGCAUGAAAUGAGACGGUUUUCAUGUUCAUACACCCCAAAUGGCAAGUUUGGCAGAUCGAAACCGAAAGUAGGUGUUUAUUGCGCGGACGAGAGUAAAUAUGCGCCAUUUUUAGGGUAGCAGACCACAACUGACUGGCAUUUCACUAGGAACUACAUAACCCCCUAUUUUCUUUUCAUGUUUUCGUUAAUUUGUGAUAGAACUUUCAUGAAAAAUAGGUGAAGGAAAAAGUGAUGUUGUCUAAAUGAAAACAGUACAUGCAACUGAAAAACACUUUUAAAACAGUACGGAAGUGUAAAGGCCGUCAAGUUUCUGCGUGGAGUGCAAAGAAACAAAAAAAUCCUAAAAGCCAGCGCGAGAACACGGUGAAUGACGCCACCGUCACGGCUUCCCGUAAAUUUUGCAAAGUAUGAUAUUCGCUGAAAGAGGUAUGAUGACACUAAAUGUAAACUUCAAUUUUGAGUGUUGAAGGAAUAAGGUCAGUAAUUCGGCCGAAAAUGUGCUUCCGUGGUGUAGUCGAAAGAAGUCCAUAAUAAAUAGAUCCUAAUGUUCCCAUUUUAUGCGCAAAUUCGUGUAGAACGAGUGCUUUAAUCACUGUUUUCACUACUAGAAUACAUUCUGCAUGAAAUGAGACGGUUUUCAUGUUCAUACACCCCACAUGGCAAGUUUGGCAGAUCGAAACCGGAAGUAGGUGUUUAUUGCGCGGACGAGAGUAAAUAUGCGCCAUUUUUAGGAAAGCAGACCACAACUGACUGGCAUUUCACUAGAAACUACAUAACCCCCUAUUUUCUUUUCAUGUUUUCGUUAAUUUGUGAUAGAACUUUCAUGAAAAAUAGGUGAAGGAAAAAAUGAUGUUGUCUAAAGAUACGUAAAGACGACCCGAAGUUGUCUUUUUUAUAUGAAACAAAGAAGGAUUUAAAUUACUGACCUUUAACCUGAAUAUUUCUUCGUAAGUAUACAUAUUAAAGAUAAAUCCCCAUGCUAGGCAGUGCCUUAAUUCAUAUUAGAUUUUAUCGCCUAAUGUAAUUGCCAAAGUAACAAUAAAUAACUAUACUAAACUAUAUUUGACCAGUGUCAUUUCUCUGCGUUUUUUCUCAAACUCGCCGAAAGCUAAUGUUUCCAAUACUAUUCAACGAAUACAUUUUCCCUAUCCUAUUGUAUUGUUGGUUUUAGUCCGAGAUUGGCCAGGCAGUAAACUUGACAAGUUAACAAUCCAGCCAUUUAUUAUGAUUAUAAUAGAUCACCAUCCUAAGGGGAACCAGGUCGACCCCGCCACUCCUAGUUUGCUUCGAUAGUGUUCUCCAUAAGUUCUGUUAGCUCCAGUAUAAUAACAUACACCAAUAAAGAAAUGCCUAUGGCAAGAGGAUGUACAUGCUGUAGACACGACGAACUAAACAAAAGAAAAUUAAAUAUCUAAGGACAAGAAAUUCUGUACAAUUAUUCAGAUACUAAUGACUUCGUUCUUACGAUAAAGUCAUUAAAGCACAUAGCCCUUGGCUAUGGACGAAAAAUAUUAACUAGACGGCGGCAGUAAAGCAUAUACAUCAUUUUGGUUUAACACUACGUGCAUGUCGCGCACUGUAUAGAAAUUUGCGGAUAAAAUACUCAAGAAUUAAUGUUACAGCAAUACCCGCACGACAAAGCCAUUACAAUAUAUUACGGAGUUACCUUCCUACGUAGUCUGGUAGAGGUUUUCCUUAAUACAUGCAUGCAUAGGAAAUAUCGAGCACAGAAAACACAACUAGAGUCACACUGCGAAACCAAAAUUAAUAUGACAUAUGCCGGUCAGUUCGGUUCAACCAGUAUCACCUCAGUCCUAAAAAAGGCUUUUACAACAACUUCAACAAGAGAGUUCAAUAACAAGCGUCUAUUCUUACAAAACUUGUUCUGGUCAUAAACCAUAGUAUAGUCUGUAUCGCAUAUAUGAGGACAAAACAAAACGAGACAACGGUUUGAUAACAUUUACCUUUUACCCGUCUAUUCAACUUCAGGUAUUGCUACCAAACAACUUAUUUAUUCUAACAAUUUUACUCAAUACCAGCACAAAUAUCUAUUGUCUGUCCAUACUGUAUGUUUUCUAUACACAUGGCUCAAAAAGAAAUUUCCUCUCACUUUCUGCUAAAUAUAUAGUUUUAACAAAACAGAAGAUUGUACAGCUCUAUCCUAACACAAAUGUAACACAUUCAUAUAUUUAUUGCAUUAAUUUAAAUAAAUGCCGUUUC